CAAUCCUACAAACCCAUGAAGCGAGAAGAAACCCCACCCCGAUACACACAAGCUACGCACGAGAUUCCUGCCAAAAGGCUUCAAACUCCGAACUUUGCUCGCCCAAGCUCCUCGCUCCGAACCGUAACUCCUCCCCCACCACCACCACAACCAAAAGCUGCACAACACAUGUAACUACGUAUGAACCAUGAUACUUUCGCCUGCAGACGGAAGUAAGACUGCACAAGAGGGAAUGUAUGGCGCACGCACGCACGCCCACACACACAUACGUACAUACAUCUACACUCUCUCUAUUCUCUGUCCCCUCCAUCCCUCCAGUUAGCCGUGUAUCUCGAGGGAUUUCAGGCCGCCUGCCCAAUAGCAAGGCAUCAAGGUAGCCCCCCUCGUCGAUGUUUCGUUUCAAACGGGCGAACGAAAAUGCCCCAUAGGCGGAUGCAAAUAGUCCCCGAAGUACCUUGUUCCUUGCUACAUAACAUUGUCCACGAUCCAUCAUCCAUCAUUUGCCUAGUGUACUUUGCUUCCAAUUGCUGUAGAUAAAAACAUUGGUACGUAUGUGUACCAAUAGAAAUAGAUACAUACA